UUUUGCGAACUGACAUUUUAUUUUGUUAUCAUUUUUUUUUCAUACUAUUGGUUAAUUUCUCAAAACCGCUAUAUUUUUUCGUACCACACGAACUUUAUUUUCUUAUCAUUUAUUUUGAACGUGUACUGUGUGUGAUAAUGAUAAUUAAGUGUUGUCUAUUUAUAAGUUAUUGACAAGGAAAACAUUUGUUUAAGUUGACUUUAAAACCUGCAGUAGUCCAUUCGAUAUCAAGAUGCUGCAAAAGUUGUCAUUUGGUAGCUGGCGGGUCGUCGGCGCGGCGUGCAGUCUACCCAAAACUAGUGCCACCAUCAGAACGUUAUCAGCAACCAUGGAAAAAGGAUCCAACUUCUUUUUUAGACAGUUGUUCGACACUGUGAGCAGUACAUACACGUACUUGCUGGGUGAUACCAAAACGGGAGACGCGGUGCUCAUCGACCCUGUACUGGAACAUGCGGAGAGAGACGCUGCUCUCAUCAAGGAGCUGGGCUUCAAGCUGGUUUAUGCACUGAACACCCACAUGCACGCAGACCAUAUAACAGGCACGGGCAAGUUGAAGUCCAUACUUCCUGACACGAAGAGCGUGAUCGGCAAGGCGUCAGGCGCCGCAGCCGACGUGCACCUCGUGGACGGUGACGUGGUCACCUUCGGAGAACACAAGUUGUUGGCUUCAGCCACUCCCGGACAUACCAAUGGGUGCUUGACUUAUAUCUGCCAUGAGAAGGGCAUGGCGUUCACAGGCGACACUCUUCUUAUCCGGGGCUGUGGCAGAACAGACUUCCAAGAAGGUUCAGCUCAAACUCUGUACAACUCGGUACACAACCGUAUCUUCACGCUACCCGACCACUACCUCCUGUACCCGGCACACGACUACCGAGGGCAAACUGCCACCACGGUGUGGGAGGAAAAGAAAUACAACCCCAGGCUGACCAAACCUUUGAAGGAGUUCAUCCAUAUCAUGGACAACCUAAACUUGCCCUACCCGAAAAUGAUCGACAAAGCUGUGCCCGCCAACAGAGUUUGCGGAAUACAUUACUAAAUACUUGUAAACUUGUUUAAUAAACUACUAAUCACGUUUAAACUAACCCCGUAUAAUGUAGAUAGCCAGUGAAGUGAUAUUUGAUGGAAUUCCUUAAAAAUCUUACAUAGUAAGUGCACAUUAUAUCACUAUCAAUACUUUAUUCAUACACGACUCUGUCGAACACAAAUUUUUACAGUUCGAAACUGUUUUUACGAUUCUAUUUUUUUCUUUAAUUGCUUACCUCAAGCAUACUAUAUAAUUAUGUACUACAUAAUUAGGCUGAUAAUAAUAAGACAAAAAUGGCAAUAAACAUGCCAAUUCGGACUUUCAUGACAGAAAAGUCUCAAUUUGGUGAUUGUUCCUAAUCAAUUUGUUAUAAUAAUAUGAUAUUUUUAUCAGUUUUUCUGAAAUGAUCACUAAACCUAAUGUAAACUGAACUGAAUAUGCUUUGAUGGCGAAAUUCUGUGUUUAUCAUAAUUUUUUUUUGGAAAUCUGAAUCAUCUCUUAAUAAUCCUAUUAAGAGAUGAUGGAUGUAUCCAUAUAACUCGAUUUCUUUUGGAAAUUAAAGAUGUAUGUAUGUCUAAAAUACUUAAUGGUUUUAUACAAUUGGGAAUGCAAUACUAGUAGUUCUGUUUUUGUUUAGAACUUUACCUUUAAGAACAUCGUAUCAAAGGCAAGCCAAAGUUUGUAAAAAAUAUUUAUUUUUUGGAGGUUUUCUUCUGCUAGGCUUAUAGAAAACUAUUUCACAAUAUAAUUCUGUUAUCGACUCUAGUAGAUUUAUGCCGGAAUACUGAAACGUUACUCAAUUUUAAGUAGUGUUCAAAUAUCGUGCCAUCUCUGUCAUUUUACAAAG